GUGUGUGUGUGUGUGUGUGUGUGUGUGUGUGUGUGUGUGUGUGUGUGAUCUGGAUGUAACUGCAGCCUUGCAUUGAACAAGCCGGACUUCAGGAGCGAGGGCAGUCUUCCUGAGCGCGCACCCCACCGCGCACAUCUGCAUCCAUAGACGCUCUCCCCGCUCCGAGCUCUCAACAUUACACCGACACGGUUUCGAUGAAAAGGAUUUUUUUUUUUAAAUGUUUUAAUCAAUUUGUCCAACAGCCGAAAGCGACAUCAACUCCAGCCUCAAUUUAAUUCCACGUCCCCCCGGGGGGCUCCAUAAUCCGUGCUUGUGUUGCUUUAUCGUCCUCGAGACCAUCGAAACCAUACAAGACAAUGGUGAACAACAGAGAUCGCUGGAGGGUGUACAAGAGGGGGAGUGUCAUGUUCGUUCUGGCCGUGGUCGGGCUGACUGUUGUCCAUAGAGGAAGCAUCACUAUAGGGGCUCCCUUCCAACUUGAGAGGCUGGCUCGCAUGGGAGCCUCUGAGGGAGUGGAGCAUGGAGCUGCUCGGGAAGACAAAACACCCUCGUACCUGGGGACAAAAAGCUUCUGGAAGGCUAGCAAACGCCAGCCAGUGCCUAAAGCUGGAGCCAAUACGCGGCGGCCCAGGAUCACUGAGGACAGCAGACCCAGAACCUGGGACGUAACCAACUCCAACUGCAGCGCCAACCUCAACUUCUCAAGUCAGGAAUGGUUCACGGGCCUGGAGGACAAUUUCAAGCAGUUCAUGCUUUAUCGACACUGCCGCUACUUUCCCAUGCGCCGCAACCACCCAGAGAAGUGCACAGGGGAUGUAUAUUUGCUCAUGGUAAUCAAAUCUGUGGCCACCCAGCAUGACCGAAGAGAGGUCAUCCGAAAAACCUGGGGCAAAGAGCAGGUGGUUAACGGGAAAAAAGUAAAGACCCUCUUCCUUCUUGGUAAACCCUCCAGUGUGGCAGAGAGAGUGCACCAUCAGAAGCUAGUGGAGUACGAGGACUACAUCUACAGGGAUAUCCUCCAGUGGGACUUCCUGGACAGCUUUUUCAACCUCACGCUUAAGGAGACUCACUUCCUCAAGUGGUUCCACACUUACUGCCCCGCUGUACGCUUUGUCUUCAAGGGGGACGAUGACGUCUUUGUCAGCGUGGAGAACAUCUUGGAGUAUCUCGAAAGCAGCAACGAUGCAACAAACCUGUUUGUGGGGGAUGUGAUUUUCAAGGCUAAGCCCAUUCGUAAAAAGGAAAACAAAUACUACAUCCCCCAGGCGCUAUAUAAUAAGACACACUACCCUCCAUAUGCAGGUGGAGGGGGUUUUCUGAUGGAUGGGACCCUGGCAAGGAGGCUUCACUGGGUGGCAGACACCCUGGAGCUCUACCCCAUCGAUGAUGUCUUCUUGGGCAUGUGUCUGGAGGUGCUUCAGGUCACUCCUAUAAAACACAACGCCUUUAAGACGUUUGGCUUGGUGAGAAAUAAGAACAGUAAGUUGAACAAAGAGCCUUGUUUCUUCAAGAGCAUGAUUGUGGUGCACAAGCUGCUCCCAUCGGACCUCAUGCGCAUGUGGAAUCUGGUCAACAGUGACCUGGUCUGCUCGCAGAAAAUAGAGAUCCUAUAGCUUGCUGGGACCACCGGGUAUGGACAGCAGCGAGCGGAGCCGUACCUCGGUGGAUAAUAUGAUGCACGAGAGUCCCGGUAAACCCUCCUUUAUGGGGGCGCGGCGGGACCAUGGGCAAUAUGUAAAUUUGAGUUUUUCCGGAAAAGUCAAGUAAGUUAUUCAGAGAUUUUAAAAGGUGUAGAAUUGUGUAUUUAUAUCGGCAUUUUGAAUGACUCACACUGUCAGCACGCAGAUUCAGAGACAAAAGCCUAAGUUAAGUUGUCGCAUCAACGGGGACAAUAAGGUGGAUCGUUACUUGCUCCUCAAUUACAGGCUUUGUAUUCUUUGAAAUAAUGUUUGAAAUAUGCCUGAGCAUAACCUGAUACACAGACAACGCCUAUCAUUCUCUUUCCUUCUGGUUGGAUACGGUAGAGGAAUUUCUUGGGGCAGAAACCUUGUGGCAGUGAGCUGUCAUCAAAUCACCAACGAUAGCAAACCCAUUAAUGUGAAUACACUUUAAAAAUGUAGGGUAAAAAAUGAUUAUGAGGACCAGUGGUAAACAGAACCAUGAAUAUAUACUUUUAGCAUAAUGUGGGAAAUACUGUUUGGUUUAGUUUAAUCGUGAAAAUAACAGGACCGUUACCGUUAGUUGGUGCCCUGAAGUCUUGGGUUCCAAAGCCACUGCACCUCUAGGCAUGCUAACUUUUUGGGUUUGUACUUUGUGUACCAUAGUUUUACACAUUACACAUUGCCUUCACUUGGAGCAGUAUGGCAUGCUGCAGGGGCCUCAAGUCGAGUAAGAGAAUGAAACAACUCUCUCUACCUCAGUGAUACGGGCCAAAAAAAUCCUUUGAUUGCAUCACUGGUCACCUUUUCUACUCAAAGUGUAACCAGGAUACCGUUAUCUUCAUAUGCAGUACAUGGAGGUACGAUUUGAAUCACUUUUGUAUCGUAGAGGUCUUUGCACUUUUUUUUUCUUUGGGAACGUGACUGACUUGAUCUGGACAUCUACCACUCCGACACUACUGGGAAAGAAACGUACAUGUUGGCUGUCAGUGGGUUUGUAUGUGCUGAUAUACUUGACAUGGAGGGUUUACAACGACACUGUGAACUAAAACUACUGCUGGUACGAAUACAUGACAUGUUAAUUUAAUCCCCAGUAAAAGGGGGGCGAUUGUGGGAUGGGGGUAUUUAAUUUAAAGCGUCAGAUGAGCAUAUUAAUGGGAUGUUCAUGAUUAUGUAGCUGAAUGUUGUGGGUGUAGCGGGUGAUGAUUAUGUCUAGGUAAUGUAAAUAUAUGAAAAUAAAAAUGUACAUCCAAUGUCAUUUGUAAAUAAACACCGUAACAGU